CCGUCCUUCUCCCUUUCUCCACCCGCCCUUUCUUUCUUGCAGAUUGUGCCUUUGCAUUUUGGUUAGAUGCGCGUGGAAUAGACUUAUAGCCAUAGAUAUUCAACUUCAGUCCCUUCCACGCGCCUCUUACCCCCGACGACGAAACGACCGAGCGAGUGUUGCGCCGCAGACAUCCGGAACGCUGGAUCGGCUACGGGAUAUCGAUAUGGGGUUCUUGAAUGCGGUGGUUACUUCAAUUGCGCCAAUAUUCAUUGCGACGAGCCCCAUAACGAGCUAUGCGGACCAGAUAUAUUCGAUACAUAAGGAGAGGAGUUCGGCGGGAUUCUCGUUGGAUAUCCCGUUAAUUAUGCUUGUGGCUAGUAUUUUGAAAGUAUACUACUGGUUCGGCGCGCACUUCAGCACUUCGCUGCUCGUCCAAGCCCUCCUCAUGAUCUCCGUCCACCUCCUCCUCCUCCACGUCGCCCUAACCAACCGUCCCUCCCUACACACUCCAUUUUCCCACUCGUCAUCCUCGCCGCGUCCAUACAAUUUUUGGCAAUGGCGGAGCCCACGCCCAUACUGGACCUUCCUAUCCUACUUCACUCUCACGCUACUGGUCCUGCACUUCCUGCUCUCGCCAACAGGCGCGUUCCUCCCAUACACAAGUUUACUAGGCUACGUCGCCCUUGCCAUCGAAGCAACACUCCCCCUUCCGCAACUCCUGGCGAACUACAAACGCCGCGGAUGUAAAGGCUUCCGCGUGUCUGUUAUCGUAAACUGGCUAAUUGGAGACACGUUCAAGAUGUGGUUUUUCUUCGCUUCAAGCGCCGAUGCCGUUCCCGUGGCGUUUAAGAUUUGUGGUGUUUUUCAGGCACUGUGUGAUUUGGGGCUCGGUGCGCAGUUCUAUGUUUGGGGUGAUGGGCCAGAGGAAUUGGGGACUGGGAUGAGGAUGGGGAUGGGGAUGGGGGAGAAGGGGAGUUUUGUGGAACCGGUAGCUAAUGGGUUCGUUUUGCCGGCGCAGAAGUUGGAUGGGUUUGGGAUGCCGGUGGGGGGAUUGAGUGAGAAAGGGGUGGGGAUCGAUAUGGCAAUGGAUGGGUGGGAUAGACCGAGGGUUAUGUAAGGAUUGGACUGGGGGAUGAGGAAUAAAGUAUGGCGUUAAGGAAUUUAGGGGAUUGUUGGGCUACGAUAGAGGUAUAUAUUGAAGACUUGGACAUGGAUAGUGG